AUGAUGCUUUCCAGCUUGUUCAGUUGCAUAGUGAUGGUACUUCUUACUGCAGGUCCUUCUGAGUCUCUAAAGAUUAUCAGAGGAAUAGUGGGUCAAAAUGUCACGUUGCCUUGCACAUUUAUAGUGCAUACGGAUGUCGCCUCUAUGUGUUGGGGUCUGGGAUGGUGUCCUCUGAUUUGGUGCUCAAAUGAAAUCAUCUGGACAGAUGGACACAAGGUAGUUUUUCAGCAUUCCAAGCGAUACCACUUAAAGGAGAACUUUUCUCAAGGAACUGUGUCCUUGACAAUAGAGAAUGUGACAGAGGCAGAUGCUGGAUUUUAUUGCUGCCGGGUGGAAGUUGAUGGUUGGUUUAAUGAUCAGACAAUUACAAUGAUACUGCAAGUUGAACAAGCCAGUACUGUUACUGCUCUAACAAACUUCACUUCCACUCACCCAAUGCUGACAACCCUAGCAUCUUCUACUUCUACUUAUCCAAUGUUGACAACCACCAAAGACCAAAACUCAGUUUCUUCCACUCCUGUUUUGGACAUAGUGAUAACCAGACCCUCAGAAACAUCAAAUGGAAAAAACUGGACACAGCCUGAAAUCGCAAUUGGAGUGAAUGAUACGGUGACAGGGACUUCAGAAAGCCACCAGGGUGAACAUCAAAUGGACAUCCUAAAUGAUCAAGUGGCAACCACUAAUAAGGGUAUAUAUAUUGGAGUUGGUGUCUUUGUAGGAGUGGUUCUCAUUGUGAUUCUACUUGUCUUUGUUUUGAAACGAUAUUUCUAUAACAGAAAGAAUGGGCAUGGUUUAAGUCUGACUUUUUUGGCGCAUGGUAGAAACAGAAUUGAGAAGACUACCACUGAAGAUAUCAACCAUGCAGUGGACAAUGUCUAUGAAAUUGAAGAUAAUGGUUUCACUUUUGAAAAGGAUGAUACCCAUAUUGUACAAACAUGCAAUGAGAAACAAUAACCUCCCAAAAUUUGGCCAUAACAUCCUGAAUUGACAGUUUUUCUGACUUUUUCCUUAUUACUUUCUUUCAAGCUCAUGGACUACUCCUAGGUAUUAUCUCUACCUGACAGGAGCAAUUGCAAAAAUAAAUGGUGAACUCUGGAGAUGAUAAAACUAACUUGAUACCAAACAAGGGCACAUUUAUCAGACUACAAAUUGUGCCAGAAAGAUUGGGGAUUAUAUCUGGCACUGAUUCUCCUAAGCUAUGCCAUUUUGUGGCAUGUUUGAACAUAGAAAAGUUAGGAUUUCUGGAGAGUAGCACAAUCACUGUAGCUUUCACAGUAAAACAAAUAAAAGGGUAGUUUUGUUUUUGUUAAUUCCAAUUGCUACAUUUCUCCUUAAGUUCUCAUGUAGGCAGCUGGUUUUAUUUCCUCUAUAAUUUUUUUUUUUUUAAGCACAGGUAGAUCCAAUUUCCUUUCUUGCUUUUGCAAAUGUGGCUUGUUGCCAACUUAUUUCCUGGGAUCUGGGAGAGCUCAUUUUCAUAAUUACAGUGCCCUUCCUAGAUUAUGCUACAGUAUAUGCAAAGGCAUUUUAUUAAUAAGUGGUAGAUAUUGCUUGGAAAUGAGAACAUGAAUCCAAUGUAGAGAAAUUGCAACUGUCUCGGCCUUCUGCUGCCACAAAUUGACAUAAGAUACAUAAGUCUGGGCCAUGGAAAGAAAAACUACUUUGGAAAACUGCAGUGAAUGAGGUGUCCAAUAGGAAAAGAUUUUAAAGAAAGAAACAGAAGCUAUUGCUGUUUGAGAUAUCCUACUUUAGAGUGACACAUUGUUUCCAUCUUUACCUAACAAAUUCAAACUUAAAGAUGCAAUGAUUAAUGGGAAAAGACCAGUUUGUUGAU